CCAUUUGUUUAAAUUGUUUUAUCUAAAUUGUAUGUUUAAAUAACAUGAAAAUUUGUGAAAAUUAACUUACUGUAAUUUUUCUUGCAUUAUAAAAUGUGGUUCAAAAGUUCAAAAAUAAUGCCAAAGACCGAUGGACAAAGAAAGAAAUUUAUUUUGACUAGUUACGUUUUGUUUGUUUUAACAUUCUAUUUACUAAAAUGGAAUUAUAGUUACAGCAAUCAACAUAAAGAAACUAUUUUAGUACUUUUUUAUACACCAUUUUUUGGGGAAAAACCAUGGAGUUAUGUAGGAAGUGACGAUCUUGCUAAAAACUGUGGAUGCUACUUAAAUAACUGUCAAUUUAGUUACGAUAUUAAUCUUUUUAACAAAAGUGAUGCGGUUUUAUUUAAUGGACGCGAUCUGCCUUUUUAUGGUGAUUUGUUACAGUUAGCUUUAAGAAAACCAUCUUUCCAACUAUGGGGGUUUUUUAGUAUGGAAAGUAAUUUGAACACGCUUGUUGCUGACAAAUUCGAUAGCAUUUUUGAUUUUAUCUCAUCAUAUCAUUUAGACUCUGACGUUAGAAUACCGUACAGAUAUCACUUUCCUAAAAAGAAAAUAAUGCAUAUAAAAAGAAUAGAUAGAAAACAAUCCCAAAUGUUUCCUAGAACAAACUACUUUAAAAGCAAAACCAAAAGCGUUGCAUGGUUCGUGAGCAACUGCCAAGCAUACCAGAGAAAUUUGUUAGCUCAAUCACUUCUGCAACAUGGUAUUAAGUUAGAAAUUUAUGGUAAAUGUACUCAAGAUUUUUUCAAUCAAAGUUUGAGCUGUAGCGGGAAAAGUUGUGAAAAAGAGCUAAAAAAAUUUAAGUUUUACUUUGCGGCUGAAAACAGCCUGUGUACUGAUUAUAUUACUGAAAAAUACUGGUUCACAGCGAUUGAUUCAAACACAAUACCUAUUGUUUUCGGCGGAGCAAAUUAUAACAACGAAAACUUGGCCAUUCCGGGAUCGUAUAUCAACGUGUUUGACUUUAAUUCAAGCAAAGCACUAGCAGAUUAUAUUAAAUUGCUAGAGUUUGACGAAAAAAAGUUUAACAGCUACUUUGAAUGGAAGUUAGAUUGGGAUUUAUCUCCAAAAAGUUGCUCUCAAUACGCUUGCAGUUUAUGUAACAAAAUGCGAAAAGGUAUCAAUCCACAUAAAAAAUCUUUAAAGGAGGUUUUCCAUGUUAGUGGUUGCAAUCAAGCAACUUCAAAGUUUAUGAAAUGGAUUAAAUUGUAAAUACAAUGUUCAACAAAAUCUUUAGAAUACUACAAUUAAAAAAAGAGAGACAAGGGUGCAUCUAGUUAGGAGGCAGCUAUGAGUGCAUUUUAACUACAAGGUGAAAAAAGAAUCAGCUAAAUCUUUUCUUAUCGAGCAAUUUUUUAUGUUUUCAAUUCAUUUUGUAUUUUUUUAUAAUUUGAUUUUUAGUACUAACUGUAAAGCGAAAUUUUAUCACACUGUUCAAAUUUUUUAACUCUCAAAAAUACCAAUUUGUAAAGUCA